AUGGCGGGUGUUAGUUCUGGUGGAGGAACAAAAACACAGUGCAGAGAGCCCAGGAAAGCAUUGUUUCAGUCCCCAGAUCAAGAGGAUAGUAGCAAGGCUCCAGGUUAUUAAUUUCUCCGUCCCUUUGUAUCUAAAAUGUCAUAAUAUAGCUUAAUUGGCAAAUUUUCUAAGUUCAAAACUCAGUGGCGAGGAGCGAGGAGAAACGGCUGUUUUAGCAGGCUAUGUUGAAAGCGUCUCGUCAAUGAUGCUCAUAAGCUUAUUUCCAGAUAUUUUCUAGGAGUUUGCAGUGGUGGUGAUUAAGAAAUUCCCAAAUUAUUUUUGUCGUGAGUUAAAUUACAGUCGAACCUCUCGGUGCGGACACCUCUCUAUUACGGACAGUUUCCAAUGUCCCGAGAAAAUUCUCACAUAUUUUCUUUAAAAAACCCUCUAUAAUACGGACUUCCUCUAAUACGGAUAACGAACACUAAAUCUGGGCCCCAGAGAAAAAAUUUAUAUAAACGUAACCUCUUUAUUACACCCUUUAUUACGGACACUGCGUUGAUCAGGUGAAUAGCGCUUUAUACUAUUACUAAAAAUAGGUUUUGUCACCUUAGACCCCCCGCGUGACUCAGACAAACUUUGCAUUCUACUCCAAGGCUUUGUAUGGGAAGCAUACGUUUCCGACAUGAAAAUUGUUCAUAAAAUUCGCAGUGAGCGUUUUUAAAAUGUUUUCUUGAGCAUAAUUCCAAUAUAUAAAAGGUACUACUGCUAUUGGGAGCAAAACCUGGUCCAGUAACUCAAAUAAAUGGUUAAAAUCAGAAAAUAAAGCCACUCGAUCAAAGAAGGCUACUGAAAUCGGAUCCCUGGCUCUCUGUCUUAGGCAGAAAGUACCGCUAUGCACUGAAACAUGACAUAACAUUAUUGGCUGUGUAAUACUCUAAAACCGAAAUUGCCAAAGAGAAAAUCGAGUUCGGAUGUGCUUCUGGCAAGCCUGUGACAGAAUAUCUAAGGUGAAAAGCACACCAAUAUUAGCACAGACCAGAAAUUGUAUAAGUUUGUUCUGUUGUUGUGCGGCCAGGUAGACCAUAUGAAUCUGCGACAAAUACUUUAGUACUUUAUAUCCUGUAGUACUAAGUAGCGUAACAAUAAGCACUCGAAAAACAAAUUGAGCAACCUUUGCCUAUAAAUUUAGCCAAAUGCACCGUUUCAAGCACGGCUAUGAAGCCCUGUUCUCCACACAUUUUCACAUAAUUUUACCCACAGCAUUAGGACGCCGCAUAAGAAAUAAAACUACUCAUCUGUACAGGUUUUUCCAUGUUUAACGCUGUCUUUGCACGAGUUGAUUAUUUUCAGGAUAUUUAUUAUCGAAACCAAGCCGGAUUUUGUUUUCUUUAACGAUAAACAUCUUCAAAGACGACGACAAUUUGUUGCCGAACGUGACUUUCCCUUACUUAACUCUUACACUGGUCAGGUUUAAUGUCUGAGUCACAGCAGGGACCAGACAUUUGUGACGUCAUUAGGAGAAGGCGCUAUUCCAAAUCCUGAUGCCGGAGAGUUGAAUCUGCACAGGGUGAAUCCCGUCUAGUCUGGCUGGUGAGCUAUGUAAGGGGAUAUAAAGCUCAGUCACUGUACACCGAACAACGAUUUUCGAAAGGUGUACAGAGGAACAUAACCGACUUCUUGAAGGCUUCAAUAACUACAGUAGCAUAAAGAUCUUUUCUAUUACAUUUUGUACUGUAGUUUCAGUCAAACCUCUUUAAUACAGACACCAAAGGGACAGAACCAAUAUUGUCCUCUUUACAGAGGUGUCCAUAUUAUAGAGGUAGGGAAUGUAUGAUUUUUGGCAUUUCUGGGACCAAACGAACUGUCCUUAAUAGAGAGAUGUUCGUAUUAUAGAGGUGUCCGUAAGGAGAGAUUAGACUGUACUGUUUACUGUACUUGCAAAAUAGCAAAAGACGCUUUCAUAUUGUGCUUUACGUUAGAACUUUAUACACACAGCAUUGCGCUGUACGUUAUUUCGUUUUAAAACAGUAAUUUGUCUGUUUCUUCGGUGUCCGUAUUAGAGAGGUUUCGACUGUACCUGUUUGGUGUUCAGGAAAAUUUCUUUUCCUCAGUCCUCGACGCAGGGGAGGUGAGACGGGAAGGGUAAUUUGAUCCGUUUUCUAUUGCCUUUUUGCUGCACAGGAAAUGGCGCUCAUUUUUCAAUUGGCUCUGCCGAAGGAAGCCCAAUAAAAAGUGGCCAGGUUCACAUUUGUUCGCCAGACCUGUCCCUCAAUAACAACCCUGAUAAUGACUUUCUUGCAGAGGCUUUGGAAGCAUUGCUUAAUAGAAUUCAAGUAGAUAUUGAAGUGGAUUCCAACUUGAAAGGCCUUAAGAAAGGUAAUGCAUCAGUCAAUUUCCGUACUGUCUGUGGUCUGCAUGGCAGUCGCCAAAGAAAAAAGAAAAGAAAAAAGGGAACAGAAUGCCUGUUGUUAAAAUGUCACAGCAUUAAUUUGCAUCAGGCUGACUUACCAUGUCUUACUUAAAUUUGGAUUAGAAAUGGGAUUAGAAAUUUCAGAAAGUGCUGCAAAGUUUUUUUCAUGGAAUUUGCUCUCUCCUUUCCUUCAGAACGCUGUUGUAAACAUUUCCACCUCAAUUUUGUAUGUUUAGCGCUUUGAAAAUGAAGGAAAUAAUGGCAUUCAUUCACAGAGCCCACUCCAUUAUUGCAAUUAAAAUUAAUUAUUAAUUUUACGUUGUACAACAUCAGUCAUAAAUUUAGUCAAAAUGACAAAUUUUUUAUGAUGAUCUUAUAUCUUAUUGUAUUACGUUUUCAACAAUUAUUUUUCUUGCAACUAUGAGGCAUUCCAGUAUCAUUAAGUUGGUGUGAUGUCUAAUCAACUUUACUGAUGUAAUAAAAUGUACAUGUAUAUGUAGAUCUAUGUAGAUUCAUGUUGCUGAUUUGCUGCUGAAAUUGUGCUCAAAAAUGCCUCACUCUGCUUAAAAUUCUGCUGGCCAAAUUUCUCCAAGCCUAUAUAAAACCUCAUGCUCAGCUGAUUUAACUUUUUCUUUCAGAGAUUCACGAGCAGACACUCACAAAGUUAAGGCAGCAACUGACUCAGAUUAACCAGGAUGAAUGGAUGUAUAAACCAAUUGACCAGAUCAUAGGCUUUUGA